AUGGCUGAAAACGGCGUGUGGCUCCUCGGCUUGGACCUGGGCUUCGGCAUGAACGCGCUCGUGGGUGGACUCGUGGGGCUUCACGUGCUCGCACUCCUUUUCUGGCUGAUCAAGUUCAUGCAGGAAGGAUCCAAGAGUACUAAACAAGCUGCGAUCAAGAAGCGCCAAUAA